GAUCGAGGCCCUCGAAGGACUUCUGGUAACCGGGACAUUGUUGAUCUGGAACGACGAGACAAUGCACGAUGAGGCUACACCAUCCUCACCAAACAUAAACCCAAUGCGAUCGGCUUCCAUAUCGCACCUGUUCGGGCUAGAGAUAUCAUUAAACCACACCAUUGCCUCCUCACUAUCACUCGAAAAGCACCAUCGAGAUGAGCAACACGGCCGAUCCUAGUUUCCGCGAAGUGAAGGACAGACAAGGAGGAUCGCACCUACGUACAGCAGACCUCUUUCGCCUAGAUGGCCGAACCAUCAUCAUCACGGGCGGAGCAGGUUAUCUCGGAGUUGAGACGGCGGAAACCGUCCUGGAGGCUGGCGGUCACGUCGUAUGUGUAGACGUUGUACCUCAACCACCGCCCGAGCCAUGGAAGCACUUGCAAGAGGUGGCGGCAAAGUACGGUGCAGUCCUGAUUUUCCAACGACUCGACCUGACCGAUUCUACGGCCAUCGAGACCACAUUCGUCGAACUGGUCCCCAAACUCGGCCAUCCCAUUCGAGGACUCGUCGCGUGUGCCGGCGUUUCUGACAAUGACCCUGCGGUGGAAUUCUCCAUCGAUCGAUUCCGACGACUCAUGGAGGUCAACGUCAUUGGAACAUUCGCCAUAGCACAAGCAGUUGCGAGAGAAAUGAAAAAGGCAAACGUCAACGGCAGCAUGAUACUGGUUGCCAGUAUGAGUGGAACAGUGGUGAACAAGGGUGUUGAUACAGCGGCCUACAACACAUCCAAGUCGGGCUUGCUACAGUUGGCACGUUCCCUCGCGGCAGAGUGGGGGUCUCGUAAAGGCAUGCCGCUGAUCCGGGUUAACACCCUUUCCCCUGGCUACAUUCGGACCCCUGCGACGGCAGAGGCGUUGCAAAAGCCCGGCAUGGAGAACCAGUGGGUUGGAGACAAUAUGCUUUACCGCCUGAGCUCGGUGGACGAGUUCCGGGGUCCUAUCUUGCUGCUGCUGUCCGACGCGGGUAGCUUCAUCACGGCUACCGACCUGCGGGUGGACGGUGGCCAUUGUGCGUGGUAGACUCUUCUCGGAGUAUCAAGCUCUAAAGCACUAGUAUUAGAUACUGUAGUAUGUUCGCGCACGACCUCUUGAUUAAAACCAUAGACCCUUGA